GUCUUUUUCCCUUUAGGCUUGCCGUAGCUAAACACGGCGGGAUUAACUGAAAGUAUGACAAAGUAGCAUGUACUGCCGGUUUGUUUUUAAAAUCCAUUACAUUAUAUGUGACCAGACAGUAGGAGAGAACUGACAGCACAAGGCAACUUUUAUAUCACAUAACUUACUGUUUCUAAGCUGGUUGUGGUUAAAUUAAUUAUUAAACUUGUUAUUUAGCGAACCACAUUUAGCUAGCUAGCUGGCCGUGGCAGCUUCGACAUACAACGUUGAUUUGAGGUUUAAGCUUAAUAUAUCCGUGUUUGACCCACCAAGUGGUGUAUCUCUGGGGGUCUGAAAGCAGGGUUUGACCGCGGUGAAGAUGUGCUCUCUGGCUUUGUUUCCUCCACCGCUGCCCCCCGGACAGACCACUCUGUGUGAGUCCAACAACGAGCUGCUGUCUGGAGCCAACAACUCUGAGGAGAGACAGGACUCCAGUCCUCUGAGUCUGCAUUUCCCCAGAGAGUCCCUAAAGCUCCACAGCCGCACAGAAAGCAGCAGCAAAGCAGCCUUCCUGGAUCACUCUGAAACCCUGUGGAUGAGAAGCGCGGCAGCAUGGCGGGAUGGUGGGUUCACUGGGCUACUCAAUGAAGUUACCACCUCACAUGCAGAGGUGCCAAAGUGGCUGUCUAUGACGUCUGGAUGUAUCCUGGCGUUGCUCCGAUGGGUCUCCUCUUUUCACGGCUCUCUGCAUCCUCAUGUCACACUAAGCAGUGAGGACAUGAUCUCUGAGUUUUCACAGGUGCUAAACUGGCCUGAUUGCGUGGUGCGAGCCUUCGCCUGGCAUCCCCACACCGAUAAAUUUGCUGUAGCCUUGUUGGACGACUCCAUCAAGAUCUACAACCCCAAAAGUUCCAUAUCUCCCACACUGAAGCACCGUCUACAAAGGAACGUUGCAGCAGUGCAAUGGAAGCCUCUGUGUGCGUCUAUGUUUGCAGUGGCGUGUCAGAACUGUUUGCUGGUUUGGAACGUUGACCCCUGCUCACUAUCUACAAGGCCUUCUUCUGGCUGUGCUCAGGUUUUGUCCCACCCUGGUCACUCUCCGGUCACAUCCAUCGCCUGGUCUCCAAGCGGGUCCCUCCUUGCGUCUGCCUCCCCACUGGACACGGCCAUGAUGGUUUGGGAUGUCGCUGCUGAGAGUUGUGUACCCCUUCAGCGUGUUGGAGGAGGGGGCGUUACCUUCCUGUCCUGGUCCCCAGACGGUAGCCACAUUCUGGCAUCCACGCCGUCUGCCUUGUUCAGGGUUUGGGAGACCAGGAUGUGGACAUGUGAGCGUUGGCCAUGUAUAAAAGGGCGCUGCCAGUCUGGCUGUUGGAGUCCAGACGGGAGUCGGCUUCUCUUCACGGUUCAAGGAGAGAUGGUCAUCUACGCUCUGACCUUUUCUGGAUCACCAGGUGUUCCUGCAAGCAUGGUCAAAGGGCCACAGACAGCUGUUGUUGUGGCUGACCUAUCAGAGACGACAUUUAACAGACCAGAUGGAGACAUCAUUGUUGGUGGAGAGAUUCAGUCUCUGUCCUGGGAUCCAAGAGGAGAACGUCUUGCGGUGCUUCUAAAAGGCGACCCUCAAGCAGCGAACCGGCCCGCAAUUAUUGCGGUUUUCAAAACAAGAGCCAACCCCAUCUUUGAGCUUCUGCCUUGUGGGUUCGUUCAAGGAGAACUGGGCGCAGAACCAAGACUGAUGCAGUUUCACCCAAAUUUCCAGCAUGGGGCUCUGCUCACUGUGUGUUGGUCGAGUGGAAAAAUUACUCACAUCCCUUUCUACUUCCUGAGCUCUGGCGUCGGCCUCAGCGGGAGUCCACCACUGCCUCACCUACACGAAAGACCUGCUGACUUUGCUAAUCAGUCACUCUUCACAGAGCUCCUCUCCUGAAACAAACAUCUGCCAAAGUUAAAAAGCCUCUCUUUGUCAUUACAGGUUGUUAAUAAAGUUGUGUAAAAAGGUC